GACUCAAAUACCUCCAACAGCCUGAGCAAAAAAGAAAGGGUAAACUGACGAGAUGGAUACUACUAGCAGCACACUCACCCCAACCACCACCACAACCACAACCUCCACCCUCGCCGAGCUUGUUUUCCUUUACGACCGCCUACCCGCAACCGAGCACCCCAAGGACAUCCACGUCCUCAAGGAGUGGUACUUUACGCGCUGCCGCACCCUCAAGGACGCCAAAGCCCUGCUGGGCGUCUACAACACCCUCAUCCUCGACCCAGACGUCACGCCCGAUGAACUCUACAAGUGGAAAGCGAACAAGUGUCUCGGCUACCGCAUCGCGCACCUCAUGGUCGAGAACGCCUAUGUCGAGGACGAGAUUUCAAAGGAGCGAAGGAAGUGGGUGAAGCAGCAUAAGCACGUCUGGUGCGGCGAGAUCCAGAAUUACGAUGUGCCUGUGUUCGAAGUUCACCGAGGACGAUAAGGCGUUUUUGAAGGUGAGGUGGCCGCAGGUUUGGGCAAGGUAUAGUGUUUCGCAGAUUGAGUGGGCGAUGGAGGUUGAGCUGGAGCAGGCGAGGCG